AUGCUUUGCUGCACAACGCUUGGUGAAGAGGCUCACCAUCUGCUAGAGUAUCGCAUGUUCGCUGGAAUGUCAGCAAAGAUCGCGCCGCAGGGCUCGCUCUCCGGGGCCUUCGCGACCCUUGACAUCACAGGCGAAGGGGAGGUGAGACUUCCAGGCUUCAGAGCUGCGCUGCUUCAGUUCGGCGACCUAAACCUUACAGACGAGCAGGUGAACAAGCUCUGGAAGAUUGCACAAGCUCUGGGAGGGUGCAAGGAUGAAGCGAUGGACUUCAUGUCCUUUAAGACUGUCUUCGGCCCGUCCGCCGUCGAAGCUCCGGGCGAUGCAGGUGAUGGCGAGGACGAUGCUGCCAGAGCUGCAAAGCGCGACCCAGGGCCGAGCCUUGAGGAGUCGUGCUUUCAUCUGUAUCGGCUACAGCGGACGGAAGUGCUUCGAGCUGCCAUCUUCCGUUCAGCUCCGGAGGUCUUUCUUCCACUGGAGCUCUUGUCUGCGGCGGUUCGAGAGGCUGCGCCGGAGCUUUCCGACGACGAGGUGUCUCAGGUUUGCCGACUGGCCUUCGUGGUGGACAGAGGCUCAAAGCUUCUGUGUCAGGUUCCAGCCAUGUGCACAGAGAUUGACUGGGACCGUGUCUGGCAAGAAGAUUUCUCAGCUGUGAAAGAAUUCUUCCAUGCCUGCCUGGAAGUUCGGAGUAGUCAAGAAAGUGGUCGAGGAGUAUGGGCAGCAGGGCCGCUGAGAGUUGGGGAGCUUCUUGUCGCCGAGAGAGCUCUGGGCAUAGCUCCGGAAGCUGAACUGGGGCCAACUCUGGCGAAGAUGCAGUCAGACCUGGCCCCACUGGAUUGGAAACGGCUGAACCUGAUGUGUGACGGGGAGGAGCUGCCGACAUUCUCGGAUGCAGUGCCGCUGCCAGCAUGGCCGAGUCAGGCAUAUCCACUGUGCCCAGAGCAGUACAGCCCAGAACAUGCCAUCUCCGUGCGACGAAUGAGCCGAAUCGUUGAUUUGAAUGCAUAUAGGUGUGCUUCCCCUGUGAGUGAAUACGCGUUCACGGACGGUGAGCCGCAACGAAGCGAGCAGGAGCGUCACGAGAGCUAUGGCGUCUUUCCCUUGGCGUCCUUGUUCAAUCAUACCUGCGCGCCGAACAUGUCCAAGGUCUUACUCAAGGACUGGGUGUUGCUGAGGGCGGCGCGUGACAUCGAAGCAGGAGAGGAGCUGACCCAAUUCUAUUGCGACAUACGGAUGCCCGUUGAGAUGAGACAGAAGGAGCUGCAAGAUCUCUUUGGUUUCCUUUGUGGCUGUCAAAGAUGUCGCUUCGAGCUAUUGCUGCAGAAGACGGAGCAGGACCUGGAACCCUGGAGACGACUCUAUAGCUCAGAAGUUCCAGGAUUUCAUCAGAAGUUGGGACCUAUCCAGGUGUCUCAGCUUGAAGGCCUCGUCUGUGAGGCCGAAACAGCGGCCCGAAAGGCCUUUAAGAGCUUAGAGAGAGAGCAUAGCGCCGCUGCAGAGAGCUGGGAGAGCUGGCUGCUGUGGCCCCUGGUGCCUGCCUUCCAGCAGCUUGCAGCGCGGCUACGGCUGGACGGCCGACGAGCUGAAAGUAUGGAAUUCUGGAAGCGAGCGGAAUCAUUCGCAAGGGCCGUAGUUCCAUUAUCCAAUAUACAUCUCCACAUCCAUGCCGAGAUGCUUCUAACAAAGUGCAGCAAAGAACUGCUGGAAGAGAGUCUUAGGAUGGUGGCCGCAGCAUUUGGUGGGGGUUCGGCCGUGUGGCAGAGGCUAUUUGGCUUUCGGAUGACCAGAGAAGUAGCAGAACUCGCCGACGUGUGCAGCUCAAGCCUAAUGCCUGAGCCGUCUCCGAUCCACUAUCAAUGGGUGAGGUCGGCCAACGGUACUUCGGAGCUCCUGACUCUUUGGUCGACAGCAUUUCAGCGACAGAGUGAAAUUGUGGUUGAUGUGUCGCCGGAAGUGGUUAUUGUGAGUGCACCAGGCGCCCUUCAGCAAACUGUCAGAUGCCACCUCAAAGCAAGGGUUGAUUCCAUCCUCACCAAGUUCUCGAAGCGCCGCCGAUGCCUGACGCUGCACAUCCCCAUGGAGCCGGACAGCACAUCGGAAAAGAAUCAAUCAGCGAGAGAUGCCUAUUCCUAUGGCCAUCUUCUUGAACGUCUAGAAAAUGACAAGAAGGAUUUCCAUCCCUUGAACCUGCGUGAGCGUGGCCCAGCCGCCGACAUGUGCCGCUACAUCGACCAGCGACUUCAGGCCCAAGGCUUCGUCUCUUUGGCUUCGGCCAUGCAGGACGCGGAGGUGCUGCGAGCGGACAUCCUCCUCGAUCGACUUCUGAACUACUUGCCGCAACCGAUUCGUCCAGAGGACCAGCGCGUGGUGGAGAACAUGCUCCGCCUGGGCCGCCCGUUGCGCGAUGGCAUGUUGGAUGCCGCAGAGUUCUGCCAAAGGUUUGAGCUGCUGGCACGCAACGGCGCCGUUGCUGGCCGGGAGCCUGUUGCACCAGUGAGUCCUUCACGGUCUGCCCGUGAUGCCAGACUGCAGCUGAGGGAGAAGGUUCGGCUGCCAAGCGCCUGGCUGGCUUGUCCCCGCUCUUGGGCCUCAAGGAUGCUCGGGCGCAACCGUGGCCGGUCAAAGGGACCUGCAAGCCGUGAGCCGGUACCUCCGCCACCUCCAGGCCCUCCGGGCCCUCCGGGCCCUUCGGAGGAGACUCAGAGGCCGCCAGGAGAUGGCAGAGCACAAUAA